AAGUGGCGCCGGAGCCAAUGGUGUUUCCUAACAGUUUGACGGACCAAUCAAGUGGCGAAGAGAGAGUUCCAGAACGAGGGAGGUUUGAUUGAGCGUGCCCGAUCUUUCUGUUGCUGAGCUGCUCGUGCUGCCUUGUCCGGGAAUUGUGAUUUUUGUCGAGGAGCUCCCCGUUGGAGAAGCGCGGAAUUAACCCUGUGGGAUAAAUGGCUCCUCCGCUGCAGGAUACCGGGGUGGAGGUUGGAGCGGGAGAGAAAAAGGCGAACGGGAGCGAAAUCAGUUCCCGCCGUUUUUUCACGUGGGAAGAAAUCGGUCUGCGCACGGGACGGAUUCAGCCUCAUCUUAAGGAGAAGUGGCUUGUGAUUGACAGGAAGGUCUACGACAUCAGCAGCUUCUGCAACCGGCACCCGGGGGGCUUCAGGGUGAUUUCCCACUACGCUGGGCAGGAUGCCACGGAUGCAUUCACAGCAUUUCAUCUGAAUAAGGCUCAACCAAGCAAGUAUUUGAAUUCAUUGCUGAUAGGGGAACUGGCACAUGAUCAACCAAGUUCUGAGCCCAGCAAAAAUCAAUUGCUUGCCAAAGACUUCAGGGAGUUGCGGUCCACCAUUGAAAAAAUGGGACUUCUGACACCAAAUCUCUUGUUUUUCGGUCUGAUUUUUCUUCAUAUUAUAUUGUUCGAUAUCAGUGCUUGGUUGACAGCCUGGUAUUUUGGCACAUCUUCAAUAUCAUUCUUCACGGGUGUUGCAUUUUUUACUAUUGCUCAGGUCCAAUUGUCCUGGCUCCAACAUGAUUUGGGUCAUCUUUCAGUCUUUAAAACAUCCAAGUUGAACCAUCUUGCCCAUAGGAUCGUCUUGAGUCUACUGAAAGGAUUUCCAGCUGGUUGGUGGAAUAAUUUGCAUUUCCAGCAUCAUGCCAAACCGAACUGCUUUCGUAAAGAUCCCGAUCUCAACAUGCAUCCCAUUGCGUUUGCCCUAGGGAAGAAACUAGCUAGAGAGCUUGGAUUGCAGAAAAAGAAGUUCAUGCCUUACAAUUACCAACACAAGUACUUCUUCUUAGUGGCACCGCUUUUAAUUGUUCCCUUCUUCCAAGUCUCCAUAUACCACUCUACCAUAAAACGCAAAGAAUGGGUGGAUCUAGCCUUGAUUAUCAUUUACCAGAUCAGAGUCAUCCUUAUCUACUUACCCAUUAUGGAAUUUAAAACUUUUAUGGCAUUCUACUGGCUGAGCAGAUUUCUGGAAGCAGCUUGGUUUAUCUGGGUUUCACAAAUGAAUCACAUUCCAAUGAAUAUUGACUAUGACACAAACAUGGACUGGGUAUCUACCCAGCUCCACGCAACAUGCAAUGUGGAUCAGUCAUUUUUCAAUGACUGGUUCACUGGUCAUCUGAAUUUCCAGAUUGAACACCACCUUUUCCCCACAAUGCCUCGCCACAACUAUAGUAAAGUGGCUCCUCUUGUGAAAUCCCUCUGUGCCAAGUAUGGUAUUCCCUAUCAGAGCAAGCCCCUCCUUACAGCCUUUGGAGACAUUCCGCGAUCUCUUAAGGUCUCUGGAGAUGCCUGGCUUGAAGCAUAUCUGCAUGGAUAAACAUUUUGAGAAUGAACUCCAUCCCAAUGAAGAUGCAUCACGCACUAGUGGGUAGCUGGUGGACUAAGGAAGAAUGUGGGGUCUAGUGAGUGAAUAGGCUAAGCGAUAGCUUUGCUGGGAUGGGAUAAUUGUGGUAUUUUACUUCAUCCUCUGUACAGUGUUUCCUUGAAUCUGUAUUCUGUUUGUACUAUGUCAUUUGGUGGAUAUGUGAAAGGUGAAUUAGUACCCUUGUAUUUCACUUGCUUCUAUGAGAUUGAAACUUGGCUUUUUCCUUGUUUGGGGGAAGGGGGAAGUUUGUCAGAUGGGAGAGGUGAAGAGUUUAGAAUAGAAGGAUGAAGUAAUGAGAAGAAAGAAGAUAAAAAUACAGUUGGUGAAUAACAUGUUAUAUGUUACUUGAAGGACAGCUUGAAGUUUUAGGAUAGCUUGCAAAGUCUAGUGUCUCUUAAAAGGAAAGAGCAAAAUUCUUAGAGCAGUUAAAACCCCACAGUUGGGUAUUUGAAGUUUGAGUCUUCAAAAAUGUUGCAAUAUAUAUAUAUAUAUAUAUAUAUAUAUAUAUAUAUAUAUAUAUGUAUAUAUAUAUAUAUUAGUUUGGUUAGGUUUCUAAUGUUUUUAAGAAGGAGAAAAAGCAGGUGAAUGUGAUCCAGAUGAUGAGUUUGGGGAGGAUUGUUUUACACCGAAAUGGAUCCUUCCAUAUUUAAUUCAGAAAAACAUGUGACUAUCAGCAAGACCAAAUAGCUUCCAUUCUGUCAAAGUCCCAUGUCAUACCUUAAACCAGAAACUGUGACCCACCUCCAUGGCAAUUUUUGAGCUUCAUCAGAAAUAGCACAGUUGAUACUCAGGUGAAUGCAGAUUCAAUGCAGACCCUUUAGCAUACACACUUUUUACAGUAUAUGUUAGAAGGAAGGAUGAUUCUUCCACCGUAUUGUGGACCACAGCCUCUGGAAAGUUAAGACCUGAGGUCAUGACAUUUGUCUGGCACAGGAUUGAUUGAAACAAUUUCUUUCUUAAAUAUCUGUUUAUUAAUGUGUGAUUGAUGCUCUUUGAUCCUUUAGCACAGUUCUCUAAGAUGUACACUACUUCAUCACUACCUAUUUUAUUUAUUUGAAUCAUUUAAUAUAUUUCAUGAACUGA